AUGGCGACCGGCUUGCUCCUGUUUGUGUCCCUGCUGUCCAUCGGCCAUGUCCGUACAGACGAAGGGUGUCCCUCCUCUGCCUUCGCAUGUAAGACGAGCGACGACUGCAUCGAUUGGGCAGAAAGGUGCGAUUGGUCUAUCAAUUGUCCCGACGGCUCGGAUGAAGAAUGCACAGCUCCAGAUUGCCUGUCGCCAGGUGUUUUCAGCUGUGACGGCCGCUGCCACUCUCUCGCUGCGGUAUGUGACGGGAUGUCUCACUGUGCUGACGGUUCGGAUGAGGAGGACUGCUUGAACAAGGAGUGCCCCUUACCUAACUAUGUCAAGUGUGAAACAACUGGCAUCUGUGUCCGACCGGAUGAGAAAAAUUGCACCGUGUGUCCCUUGGCCGACUAUUUCAAAUGUGGAAGUGUUAGCCAGUGUGUCCCUCCGGAGUGGCAAUGUGACGGAAUGAAUGAUUGCCCAGACGGUUCGGAUGAAGAAAAUUGCGCAAGCAAAGAGUGUUUCAACCCCGAAGAUUUCAAGUGUGAAAAGUGUUACAGCCCCGAAGAUUUCAAAUGUGAAAGUAGUGGAGUAUGUGUCCGACCAGAGUGGCAUUGUGAUGAUUAUGAAGAUUGUGAAGACGGCUCAGAUGAGGAAAAUUGCACAAACAUAGAGUGUUUCAACCCCGAAGAUUUCAAGUGUGAAAGUAGUGGAGUAUGUGUCCGACCAGAGUGGCAUUGUGAUGAUUAUGAAGAUUGUGAAGACGGCUCAGAUGAGGAAAAUUGCACAAGCAAAGAGUGUUACAGCCCCGAAGAUUUCAAGUGUGAAAGUAGUGGAGUAUGUGUAGAUCCAUGGAAGCAAUGUAAUGGUUGGAAUGAUUGUGAAGACGGUUCAGAUGAGGAAAAUUGCACAAACAUAGAGUGUUACAGCCCCGAAGAUUUCAAAUGUGAAAGUAGUGGAGUAUGUGUACAUCCAUGGAAGCAAUGUAAUGGUUGGAAUGAUUGUGAAGACGGUUCAGAUGAAGAAAAUUGCACAAGCAAAGAGUGUUUCAACCCCGAAUAUUUCAAGUGUGAAAGUAGUGGAGUAUGUAUCCGACCAGAGUGGCAUUGUGAUGAUUAUGAAGAUUGUGAAGACGGCUCAGAUGAGGAAAAUUGCACAAGCAAAGAGUGUUUCAACCCCGAAGAUUUCAAGUGUGAAAGUAGUGGAGUAUGUAUUGAUCCAGAGAGGCAAUGUGAUGGUGGGAAUGAUUGUGAAGACGGUUCAGAUGAGGAAAAUUGCACAAGCAAAGAGUGUUUCAACCCCGAAGAUUUUAAGUGUGAAAGUAGUGGAGUAUGUAUUGAUCCAGAGAGGCAAUGUGAUGGUGGGGAUGAUUGUGAAGAUGGUUCAGACGAGGAAAAUUGCACAAGCAAAGAGUGUUACAUCCCCGAAGAUUUCAAGUGUAAAAGUAGUGGAGUAUGUAUUGAUCCAGAGAGGCAAUGUGAUGGUGGGGAUGAUUGUGAAGAUGGUUCAGACGAGGAAAAUUGCACAAGCAAAGAGUGUUACAUCCCCGAAGAUUUCAAGUGUAAAAGUAGUGGAGUAUGUAUCCGACCAGAGUGGCAAUGUGAUGGUUAUCAAAAUUGUGAAGACGGCUCAGAUGAGCAAAGUUGCACAAACAUAGAGUGUUACAGCCCCGAAGAUUUCAAAUGUGAAAGUAGUAGAAUAUGUGUCCCUCCAGAGUGGCAAUGUGAUGGUAAUGAUGAUUGUGUAGAUGGUUCAGAUGAGGAAGGUUGCUUGACCAAAGAGUGUUACGACCCAGACUAUUUGAAGUGUGAAAGUAGUGGCGUAUGUGUCUCUCCACAGAAGCAAUGCGAUGGUAAUGACGAUUGUAAAGAGGGUUUAGAUGAGGAGGAUUGCUUGGCCAAAGAGUGUUACGACCCAGAAUAUUUGAAGUGUGAAAGUAGUGGCGUAUGUGUAGCGCCAUGGUGGCAAUGUGACGGUAAUGUUGAUUGUGAAGACGGUUCAGAUGAAGAAAACUGCGCAAUCGAGAGCUGUGACCACCCAGAAGUGUUCCAGUGCAAACGAAGUGACGUAUGUGUCACUCCAGAGUGGCAAUGUGACGGUGAGGAUGAUUGUGAAGAUGGUUCAGAUGAGGAAAAUUGCACAGCCAAAGCGUGUUACGACCCCGAAGAUUUCCAGUGUGUAAGCAGUGGAGUAUGCGUACCUCCAUGGGAGCAAUGUAACGGAUGGGAUGAUUGCCCAGACGGUUCGGAUGAGAAGAAUUGUACAAGUUUAGAGUGUUACAGCCCCGAAGAUUUCAAAUGUGAAAGUAGUGGAGUAUGUGUAGAUCCAUGGCAGCAAUGUGACGGUGAGGAUGAUUGUGAAGACGGUUCAGAUGAGGAACAGUGCACAGUAUGCCCCUUGCCGAAUUAUUUCAAAUGUAAAAGUGGUAGCAAGUGUAUCUUUUCAAGGAGGCAAUGUGACAGUGUUUAUAAUUGUGAAGACGGUUCAGAUGAGGACAAUUGCACAAGUAAAGAGUGUUACAGGCCUGGGUCUUUCAGGUGUGACGGUACUGGAGCAUGUGUUCCUCCAUUGUGGCAAUGUGACGGUGUUGAUAACUGUGGAGACGGUUCAGAUGAGGAGAAUUGCCAAGAAUGUAACAGCCCCAACUCUUUCAAGUGUGAAGGUAACGCAGCAUGUUUCCCCCUAUGGGAGCAAUGUGACGGCGAUAGGGAUUGCGCAGACGGUUCAGAUGAGGAAAACUGCAUAAGCAAAGAGUGUUACAUCCCCGACUCUAUCAAGUGUGAAAGUAAUGGAAUAUGCGUCUCUCCACAGAGGCAAUGCGAUGGCGACGAUGAUUGUUUAGAUGGAGCAGAUGAGGAAAACUGCACAAGCAAAGAGUGUUUCCGUCCUCAAUAUUUUAAAUGUAAUAGUAGUGGAACAUGUGUCCGUCCGGAGAAGCAAUGUGACGGUAAGGAAGAUUGUGACGAUGGUGGAGAUGAGGAAAAUUGCACAAGCAAAGAGUGUCUCAGACCCGACUAUUUCAAGUGUGAAAGUAAUGGAGUAUGUGUCCGGCCAGAGUGGCAAUGUGAUGGUGAGGAUUUUUGUGAAGACCGUUCAGAUGAGGAAAAUUGCACAGCCAAAGCGUGUUACGACCCCGAAGAUUUCCAGUGUGUAAGCAGUGGAGUAUGCGUACCACCAUGGGAGCAAUGUGACGGAUGGGAUGAUUGCCCAGACGGUUCGGAUGAGAAGAAUUGUACAAGUAUAGAGUGUUACAACAACAGGUUCAAGUGCGAAAGUAGUGGAGUAUGUCUCCUUCCGAAGUCGGAGUGUGAUGGUGUCGAUGACUGUGGAGAUGGUUCUGAUGAGGAAAAUUGCACUGUCUGUCCCCUGCCUGAUUAUUUCAAAUGUACAAGUGGUAGCAAGUGCGUUCCUCUAAUUCAGCAAUGUGACGGCGAUGGUAAUUGCGAGGACGGCUCGGAUGAGGAAAACUGCACAGCCAAAGAGUGUUACGACCCCGACUAUUUCAAGUGUGUAAGCAGUGGGGUUUGUAUCCAUCCGGACAGGCAAUGUGAUACUGGCGAGCAUUGUCAAGACGGUUCAGAUGAGGAAAACUGCUCAAGCAAAAAAUGCGAUUCCGACAAAGUCAGAUGUGUAACUAGUGGCGCAUGUUUCCCCAAACUAAAGCGAUGUGACGGUCGUCAUGAUUGUCCAGACGGUUCGGAUGAAGAAUAUUGCCGGGAGGAGUGCACCAUACCCGACUAUCUAAGUCACGUCAUUCCAGACUGGCAAUGUGACGGUGUCGAUGAUUGUCGCGACGGUUCAGAUGAGAGGAACUGCACAGCGGAUGACUGCCCCCUGCCCAAGUUCUUCUGUGAACCCGAGGGUCCAUGCCUCCCGGACACGAGGCGCUGCGAUGGCGUCGGGGACUGUCGCUACGGGUCCGAUGAGCGUGGUUGCGUGUGCAGCAGUGUAGAGUUCCGAUGUGAAGGUAGCAGCACAUGUGUGGCACCGUCCGGAGUGUGCGACGGAGUCCCCGACUGUGACGACGCGUCAGACGAGCUGCUGUGUCAGUCGUGUGCGGAGAAGGGCCAGUGGCAGUGUGACGGCGGUGAGUGCAUCACUAACGCCUCGGUGUGUGACGGGGACAGGGACUGCUCUUCUGGGGAGGACGAAGAGAACUGCCCCGCACCCUGCAAUGGUCUCCAGUUGGAGUGUGACGGUGGAUGCCUGCCGAAAUAUCGCGCCUGUGACGGGCUGGGGGACUGUUCGAACGGGCAGGACGAGAUCAACUGUACAGCUGGAGGUUGUGGCGCAGACCAGUUCCCCUGCGCGGACGGUACCUGCCUGCUGGAGUCUCAGCUGUGUGACAACCUGACGGACUGCAGUGGAGGGGAGGACGAGGACGACUGUGGAGACAUCCCACCUCCUGGGUUUCCGCUUGGGUUGGCGAGUCGGUACAUUCCCGAUGUUUACGUCACCGCGAGUUCCGAGUACAAGCCGGAGUUCGCCGCCUCCCAGGCUCGGCACACGCCUCCGACUACACCGGGGUACUGCUGGGUACCACGGUCUGUGCGGGACCAAUGGAUUCAGGUUUACUUUGGCAAUACGACUGACGUCACCGGUGUCGUCAUCAGUGGAGGCGGCGCGAACUGGGACCUGGGCAGUUGGGUCACGUCAUUCACUCUGGCCUUCAGUAUGGACGGCGCAUCGUGGGUUCCAUACGGAGGCAGCAGCAACGACGUGCAGGUUUUCCAAGGAAACCGAGACCGGUACAACAGAGUGAGUCGUCCUCUCCCAACCCCUGUGACGUCACGCUACAUCCGUCUGUACCCAGCAGGCUACAGGGGCUGGGUUGCCAUGGUGAUGGAAGUGUACGUCACCAACGACGAAAACGCCUGGCUGAAGCAAGACGAGUACGUUCCACUGGGAGUUGGACUCGAUCCCAACGAUCCCGCUGCGGUUCCGAAGAUUCCCGACCUCCACAUGACCGCGUCAUCGCGAAGGGACGAGUUCUACCCGUGGCAGGCCCGCCUGAACAACGGGGAGGGACCGCAGCUGGGGGCCUGCUGGUCUCCGGCUAAGUAUCUGGACACGGACCAGUGGCUACAGAUUAAGCACGACAACGUGUACGAAGUUGUCGGUGUCAUCACCCAGGGGGCGUACAACACGGACUUCUGGGUGAGGUCUUACAGGCUGGCGUUCUCUGUGAAUGGAGAAUGGACCAUGGACACAGACGGCACCGGACACAGUGAAGACAUGGUGUUCCAAGGAAUCGCCGACAGCCACCGCUAUGCUCGCAACAUGUUGGACAAACCGGUGUUUGCACUCUACACUCGCUUCUACCCACUCAGCGUCCACAGUCGGGUCGCACUGAGGGUCGAGAUUCUCGUCAAAUAUGGGACCGGGUGUGCAUCUCAUGAGGUCUUCUGUAACGGAACAUGUCGACCAAGAGAAACUUUCUGUCGGCUUUUUGACGGAUGUGUGCCGCGGCGCUAUUACUCCGGAGACAAACCUAUAUGUGAGGAAGUGCUUGAUGCAGAGUGCGGACUGGAACUGGCCAUGGAUUUGGAGGCUCUCGGAUGUUUGGAGAUCGACAGUCAGUUCAGCCAGUGUGGGGACGGUGAAAGGUUCCAUGCCAGUCUGGCUUGUGACGGGACUGAAGACUGCUCCACAGGGGAGGACGAGGCGAGCUGUGACGAGUGUGCGAUGGAGUGUUUGACUGGUUCCAGUGACCCCUGCAUCUCCAGAGGUUGGAUCUGUGACGAAAUAAACGACUGUUUGGAUGGAAAGGACGAGGAAGGCUGUGUGCAGGGUGUGCCCAAACACUGCUUCUUCACCUGCCGUCACAGCGUCACCUGUCUGCCGUCACGUCAGCUGGGGGACGGGCGUCAGGACUGUGCUGACGGCGAGGACGAAAGACCCAGCGACGUUGAAGCGGCCCUGGAGCGCAGGUGGGGCUCCUGCAGCUACAGCUGUCCGUCCGUCCACGGUAACGCGUCAUGCGUUCCUGACGCGUUCAGCUGUGACGGUGACGCGGACUGUUUGGAGGAAGAGGACGAGCAGGGCUGUGAAGACAACAUACAGAGGACACACCCGGAAUGCCUGACGUUCUACUGCAGCCUCCCCGGCUCCCCGGACUUCUUUUACUGCGUGCACAGCAAUGUGAUCUGUGACGGGUACCCGGACUGUGCAUCAGGGGAGCACGUUUUAAUUUUUUAAAUUCAAUUCUUAUUUCAAUCUUUAU